AUGGCAAGAGUCUUCGUCUUAGCAAAUCGUAUCUACACUAAUAGUUAUCAAAGUCGUCCUGUGCUUACAUCAGCUUGUGCAAAUGCAUUUCUUGCUUCAAUAUCUGAUACGUUGGCUCAAUGUAUUACAUUAGCAAACAAAAACAAGUAUCAAGAACCAAUUUCUGCAAUAAAACCUGAGUCGUCUUCAAUUACCGCAAAAUCUGUACAAAAGAUUCAUGAAGCAUCCGUGAAUAAUAGAGGCUUUGAUUAUAUUCGCACUUUAAGAUUUUCAUCUUAUGGAUUUUUAGUUGCUCCAGUUGUUCAUACUUGGUUUUCUUUUUUAGACAAAAGACUUCCAUUGCCUCAAAUAAAAAUUAGUAAGAAUCUGAUGGCUUCACAAAUGAGCACUGUAAUCAAAAGAGUCACUGUAGAUCAAAUUGCCUUUGCACCUUUUGGAUUAUUUUUAUUUUUUAGCAUUAUUGGUGUACUUGAAGGUCAUGAUAGUAAUGGUAUUAAACAAAAAUUUUAUGAGGCCUAUAUUCCUGCUUUAAAAGCAAAUUAUGCAAUUUGGCCAUUUGUUCAAUUUAUUAAUUUCAGAUUUCUUCCUUUAAGAUAUCGGCUACCUUUUGUUAGUUCUAUUG